AUGCAGUCACCUGUACAGCUUGCGAGUACUGACUUCACCAUGCAGUCCCUCCUUCUGGUACUUCAAGUCUUAGCUCAUCUUGGGAACGACGACUUCGUCGAGGUUAUAACUGAUGUUUGCGUCUUGGUUGGCGCUGAAGACAAAGAUGUCUGUGAAGGUGCUAUUUCCAGAGAAGGUCCUAUAUUGGCUCACGACCUUCGCAACAUGGUCAUUCCAUCUCACACAUCAACCCUCUUCUGCGGCACCAUCUUUGGGCUAUGCGACUACCCUGACAUAACUGAAUAUACAGUGCAAUUCCCGUCCGAUAAGCCAGCGAAUGCGACUCGACCUGCCCGAGCGGAGAAACGCCUAUUCAAGUUGUUCAUUUCAGCGACAUCCACGUCGACCUUUCCUACGAGGAGGGAGCCAAGUACGAGCACUGUCAACUACAACUGCACCAAAAAUAUCUGUUGCCGCCCAUACACAUCAAGCGAUGCCCCGGGAAAUACCAGCUACCCUGCCGGACCGUUCGGAAACAAUAAAUGCGACUCACCUGUAGACCUCGAGGAGAGCAUGUACAAAGCGAUCCAAAGUUUUGCCUCUGACGCGGCAUUCAGCAUUUUCACCGGUGAUGUCGUUGAAGGAGCUGUCUGGCUGGUCAACGAAACCGAAGUGACCAACGAUCUGAACGAUGCAUUCAGCACUCGCAUGCCAUCUUACCUACACACGGUCUACGGUGUAGUUGGAAACCACGACGCCGCGCCAGUGAAUUCAUUCCCGCCAGCCGAUGUCGAGACCACUAUCUCAAGCCAAUGGGUCUACGACACCCUUGCGUCUGACUGGACCCAGUGGAUUGGCCCUACGACCGCAGCAGCCGUCAAACACUACGGCGCCUAUUCUGUAAAAUACCCCGGCGGAAACCUCAAAUUGAUCUCCUUCAACACCCAGCUCUACUACAAGGAGAAUUUCUGGCUGUACGAGAAAACAAUGGCGCCCGACCCCAGCGGACAGCUUGCAUGGUUGGUCAAUGAACUUGACGCCGCAGAGUCUGCUGGUGAGCGGGUCUGGUUGAUGGGCCACAUGCCUAUGGGCGCAAGCGAUGCAUUCCAUGAUGGCUCGAGCUAUUUCAACCAGAUUAUCCAACGCUACGAAGCAACUAUUGCGGCAUGUUUCUACGGUCACACUCACAAGGACGAAUUUGAGAUUGCUUAUGCUGAUAACUCGAGUCCUUCUGCCGAUACGGCUACUAUGAUGUCGUAUAUUGCCCCGGCCUUGACUCCUACGUCUGGUAAUCCUACUUUCCGCGUGUACUCUGUGGAUCCUGUGACCUUUGGCAUCCUGGAUUUCACAGUCUACAUCGCAAACAUGUCGAGCUCAACCUACCAAACCAACCCAACUUGGGAAAAGUACUACUCUGCGAAAGAGGCAUACGGGUCUCUUCUUUCACCAGCCAUUACCGACAGUGCGGCUGAAUUGACGCCGGAGUUCUGGCACAACGUGACUACGUUGUUUGAGAAGAACGAUACCGCUUUCCAGGAUUACGUCGCCAGAAAGACUCGCGGAUGGGACUACAGCUCUUGUAUAGGUGAUUGUAAGACAGGCGAGAUUUGCCAGCUCCGUGCGGCCGAGUCGCAGUAUAAUUGUGUAGAAAUUACUCCGGGAAUCAACUUCAAGAGGGCCAAGCGAUCAACGUCCGGGGCCGCAUUGCACCAGCAGAGUACUUGUGGAGAGUCGGUUAUCGGAGUCAUGUUUUCGAACUUUGAGGGCGCCGUGGAGGCGAUUGGUAAGGCUGCCGAGAAGCUGGGCUCGAGCUUCCUGGAUGCUUCAGUGAAUUCUACGUUAUCAUAG